GGCGCGGGAGGCACCGGGUGCGUUGCUCAGAUGGCUCCUGCAAAGAAAGGCGGCGAGAAGAAGAAGGGGCGCUCUGCCAUCAAUGAGGUGGUAACUAGGGAAUAUACCAUCAACAUUCACAAGCGGAUCCAUGGCGUGGGCUUCAAGAAACGAGCACCGCGUGCUCUCAAGGAAAUCCGUAAAUUUGCGAUGAAGGAAAUGGGUACUCCUGAUGUUCGCAUUGACACCAGAUUGAACAAAGCAGUCUGGGCUAAAGGAAUAAGGAAUGUUCCUUACCGUAUCCGUGUGCGUUUGUCCAGAAAGCGCAAUGAGGAUGAAGAUUCACCAAACAAGCUAUACACACUGGUUACCUAUGUACCAGUCACGACAUUCAAAGGUCUACAGACAGUCAAUGUGGAUGAAAAUUAAACUGAUUUUCAUUACAAUAAAAGGAUAAAAAGAAAAUUUAUUCCUAAGUUGUUUUUUUUAUUGUCCAGUCUCUUCAAGCUCUCAUCCAUGAAGCAUUGAGUUGAACAGGUGACAACAUCUUAAAGAAUCUUGCUUUCUUUGGGCUUGUACAUAAUGAUGUAAUUUUCUUAAUUAAAGAUACUGUAGACUUCUGUUACAUGUGAAUGGAAUAAGGAGGAGAUGUGAACGUUCCUACGUGGGUGGCAAAGUCCUAGAGUUUUUGUUUUGUUCCUGUGGGAAUAAAGAGCACUACACAGGUA